AGGGAGAGGGAGGAAGCAGCGAUAAGCAGCGGGUGCGAAUGAUUCACCGUGAGCAUCCUACCAAUACCGGGUAGCGAGUACCGAGAUCCGAGUACGUACCGAUUCCGUGACAACAAAAUGGCGUUGACAACGAUGGCCGACGAGAAGGGCGAGGAGUGCCGGGGGAAUCACGAACACCUCUCGCGAUCCCCUCGUGCACCAGCUCCCUCCGCCCCAACCCCUCGUGACAAGGCGUUAUCUCGCCCGUGAGCUAGCGAGCGGCCGCUCGUUAUCGACGAACAAACAAACGGACCCCUCCGUUGCCUCUUUUCCACUCGAUAGCCAGAGAUUCUCGGCGCUCGUCUUUCUCCUCUCUUUCGCCAGUUUUCCGUGAAAAGAGAGAAAAGUAGAAACUUUGCUCGGCGGCGGCGCGACGGUUCGCUGUCGCUCGGUGAAUUCGCCCGAUCGUUUUUAGCGAAACGAGCGCAGCCGUCACGGGGGUGCGCCGCACAGUACACGCGUAACGUUUAUCCAACGUCCACGCGUUUCGCGUUCGCGCGCGAUUUCGAUUUCUCUCGGAAGGUAGUGGAGUCGGCUGGUUAACGCGGCAGCCCGUGCAAACGGAAGGAGCACCGGCGGCGAGCGAGAACUCGCCGUCCAACAGACAGAGAGCAGAGAGAGAGAGAGAGGUCGCGAUGAAGGAGACGUUGUCGAAGCAGGAGGUUAAACGCGAAUGGGAGGACGGUCGAGCGGAAGAGGAUUCGCCGCGAGUGGCAACGGCGGACGAGCGAUCCGUCGAGAGUUCCAGGUCGGUGAUCACCGCGAGAAGGCACGUGCGAACCAUCACCACGGCCGGACACAUCACCGAGACCGUGGCCGAACCCGAAGCAGACUCGCAGCACCAUCGUCGAUCGGUCGACGAUCAAGCUCAGCAAUGCAGAUCGCGCUCGUAUCAGGACGAGCAACAGCAACAACAACAGCAACAGGACCAAGGCUGCAAGCUGAGUAUCCUGCAAAUUGCUCAUACCGAGGCGGAGAUGCAACAACAACAGCAGCAGCAGCAGCAGCAACAGCACGCUCGUUCUCGCGAGCAGUCUCUCGUCUACAUGACCAGCAACGGACAAGAGGUGCGGGUGCAGGUGUCGGAAACGGUGGAUCCGUCCGUGCUGACGGUGAAGGACACGGUCAGGUACGAGACGCCGGAGCCGGAGAGAACGGACGCGGAUCGCAUGUACGCUGGAUACUCGGCGGACGGACAGCAGCAACAGAUGCGAAGGGACAAUCACGCGAUCGCGAUCCAGGCGGUGCAAGAGAGACGCGUGGUUCAGUCGGCCGGUGGCAAUCAGAGGUACAGUCCGCGGGAGGGUGGCAGCCAGUCGAGCGGUGGAAACGGAUCGACGUCGGUCGCAAGGUCGUAUCAUCAGGGUUCGUCGCCUGUAUUGGUCGCGACCAGCGAGGAAUACGAGGGCGGCGGCGGCAUGGCCGAGACGAACGUCGGGGUGCAGCUCGAUUCACCCGCGCCACCGUCUUACUCUCCGCCGAUCGGCGGCGACGGCGGUCUCCGCGCGACCUCGGCUUCCGUAGGUCACCAGCAACCGGGCCAACAGCAUCAAAUGGUCACGGGAUACGUGAACACCGGCGGGGUGAGCAUCAAGUACGAGACCGAGGCGGCGAACGUGGCCGCGACGAACGCGGUGGUGGCAGCGGCGGCUGCGGCCGUCGGUGCCACGGUCCCGGUCGACGGUAUCAAGGUGUCGAGCACGUACACCACGCUCGAGACGGUGCCGAUUCCCCCGUCGCAAGCCGUUCAGUACCAGCAGUACAUAUCCGCCAGCGAGACGUUUCAACAGGCACCGACCUACAGCUACACGAAACCCGGCGAUCAAGUGAUCUUCGCGUAUCCGUCUCAACUGUCGUCGCGAGUGCCCGGGGUGGAGUCCCCUGGAAGCGCGUACAUGAAGGGCGACCCGACGCUGGCGUCCUCGCUGGGAGGAUCGCGCGGCGUGCCGCCUCUUCACUACGAGCAGCCAGGCUCGCCGGGAUCUCAGGUGACGCUGUACGGGACCGGGGCCGGAUCGUACUCUUACACGAAGCCAAACACCGCCAGCGAGUACUGGUCGGCCGCCGGAACUCCAUCUCCGCCCGCGUUCGAUUGCGUGCCGAGCUAUCAGAACGUGGCGGCGAUCUCCGUCGGUGACGCGGCCAACAUUCAGCUGUACUCGGGAGGAGCGUACAGCGUGUCGACCGGAAGCACCACGGCUCCAUCCCCGUGGCCGAAUCUGCCGUUGACCAACGAGGACGGUUUCGACGGAACCAUCAUGACCGCGGACCCGAAGGAGUGCUUCGGUUGCGGCAAUCCAUCGACCAGCUGGAAGAGAGACGAAACCGGCCGUUUCUACUGUCAGACUUGCAUCUACAAGAUGAACGGAAUAAACAGGUCGUCCAUGAGAUGCGGCAAACCCAAACAAACCGUCGCCACGGCCGGUGUACGAAGGACGGGGGUUCAGUGCGCCAAUUGCAGGACCAGCAAUACGACCUUGUGGCGGCGGAACAACAACGGCGAGCCGGUGUGCAACGCUUGCGGCCUCUACUACAAGCUACACAACGUGAACAGGCCACUUAGCAUGAAGAAGGAGGGCAUACAGACGAGGAAAAGGAAGCCGAAGAAUCAUUCGGGAAUGAGCGGAAACUUGGCGGGACCGAGCGGCAUGCACAAGACCGAGAUUAAGUCUAACUUACUCGUGGACUCGCUGCAGUUGAACGUGUAUGGGAGCGGUGGUAGUGGUAACGGGGGUGGGAUUGUGGCCGAUACGGAGGCGAAGCAAGAGGCCGAGAGCGAGGCAGCGACCGGGGCAGGUACAGAUGGCGGUGGUGCCGGUACAGAAACCGGGGAUCGGGCGGAGAACGAGAACGGAAGCGGUAACGCGUCGGGUGGGAACGGAGGAUCCGACGAACGUCGUCCACCCCUAGGUACACCGACUACGGGGCGAUCGAGGCACGCGAGCCACGCGCACUCGCCCCUCGCUUUACCUACCGCCGCAGUUCUCAAUCGACAGACUACCCUUACCGUGCCACCGCUAGAGCCAAUCGUUAGCCAAACCGGUGGCGAUCUCCUCUCGGUUAUAACUUCCACCACGGCUAUCCACGCCGAAAGGUCGUAACGAGGACGAGAACGAGAAGUACGAGAAGAAGAAAAAUAAGGCGGUAGAGAAGAUCGCGUGGAAGGCGCCAACUAGUGCGACACGAGUGCCGCUUCUGCCAACGCGGUGACUGGAGAACGUCCGGGAUGCAGCCAACCAACUUCUUUAUCGACCAAAGGUUCUCGGGCGUGUCACGGAAACGUCGUCGGCUUUCUGGUUCUCGAUCACGUUCUCGUCGACGAAAUACGGAAUGCUACGCGACUCGCCGUGUACCUGCGAUUUUGGAUUUCUUUUCUGUUUCCGAGUGAGAAACGAUAUCGUCUCGCUGUCUGCCACUCCCUCCCUCCCUCUCACUCACACUCUCUCUCUCUCACUCUCCCUCUCUCUCUCUCUCUCUCUCUCUAUCUAUCUAUCUAUCUAUCUCUAUCUCUCUAAAAAUUCUUUCUAUUUAUUUUUAUUUGUAAAACAAUUAUCAAAAUCGAGCCGAUCGCGCGUUCGACUCGACUCGACUCGAUUCGACUCAAGUUGCGAACUUGGAACACACGCUCGAGAUGCGCGCGAUCUUACCGACGAAUAUUGAUUUUACCGAUCGUGCUCGACCGUACCGACGGAUGCGUCGCCACUUCGUCGGACGAUUUCGCCCUCUGUACGAGAAGGAGAGAAACACGAGACCGCCUGGGAUGGCCGUCCUUUUCUCUCGCUUCUCGACCCUCCUGUUCGUCGGCUCCUUCGCCUCGGACGCCUUUGUUCUUGGUGUUGGCCGAGUCCGCGAACGCUGCGAAAAUUUUGUCCGUGGCGCGUUCGAUCCGACGCGUUCCUUUGUAAAUGUAAAUACACGGCGUACCGAUCGCAGCUGCUUUCGUUCGCGUACACCUACGUACGCGCGCGAUGCAUAUACGCGAUACACCGGCGUGCCAGCGCGCGUACGUGUCUGGUACGUAUAGUAUACGACGCGUGCGUGUACUCGCGAGAGAAACGAGUACACGUAGGUGUGCAGCGAGGCGAAUUCUCCCACAAAGGGUAAUAUACGCGUGUUCGGACGUUGACCAAAGCGUGGACGCGCGAGCCGAAAAUUGCGAAGGAAUAAUGGAAGCGCGAAACGUAGAAAAAAGAAAAAGAGAAACGUAUUUAUUUGCUGGCACGUCGUGAAGCGCGCCACGACUCGUACGGCCGCGUAACGACAACAGUCGCGCGUGCCUUACGAAACCACCUUCGUUCGUUUUGUAAAUUGUAAAGGUCUGUGUAAAAAGCUUGAAUAAAAGAAAGUCGAACCGA